AGUGUCAGCUUGUCAGGCACACGCACGCGCGUAUUUUAAAAUAUGGCGACUGGCAGGUUCUGCUUCUUUUUCUGUCGAUUGUAUAUUUAUUUGAUCGUCGUCAAUAUUUAAGACAUAUUGAAACAUGCCACCACGAAGAAAAAGAAUUCGAAGUGAUGACAGCGAAAAUAGUACGGUAGACAGUAAAGGUUUGUCAAGUGGUUCAGAUGUGCAGUUGAAGGCAAACACACGGCAUUAUUGUAAGAAAGUGAGCUCUGAAGAUUACGAUGGUGAUUGUGAAUCUGAAAAUCCUGGGAAAAAUCGCGUAAAAAAGACAGUAAAUAGAUCUCGGAUAUUAAAACAGAAACCGACCAACAGUGUCAUAAAUGAAGAAAGAUCGAAUUCAACACCCAUUGCUCCGGCAUUUGAAAGAAUGGAAGUCGAUGCAGAUAUGCUUGGUUUAGAUGGUCUAGUAACUCCUUUGCCAGUUUCUCCAAUUCCCCAUCACCUAUUAAGUACCUCAGCAGCUUUGACCCCAGAAAUUGCUCAGAAGGAUGAAAAACAGUUGACAUUAAUAGCACCACCGAAACCACUAUUUGAGACACCAGCGGAUAAGCCUGUAAAAAAAUUCAAAAGAAAACGAGUUACAAAACAUCGGCAAAUGCAGAACAAAAGCAAACUUUUAACAGAGGAAGAAGAAUGCAUAGCUGCACAUUUUGAUGAGAUAGAUGAUCAUGAACUUAUCAUUGAGUAAAUAGCCUUUCACUUGGUGUGUUUAUGUGUAGAUUAAUAAUGAAAUGGACAAAUUCAUGUCUCAGAAAGAUUUUGCCAUUCUCAUCUUUUUGCUAUUUCCUUAUUUGGAUGUUAGUGAUGUGGUUGUGGAUUGUUGACAUCAUACUUUUGUAGCUGUGAUUGGUUGCAAUUGUUGUGUACAUAGUAAUUUCCCUGAAGUUUUGUUAAAAAGCCAUUAUCAAGGCUCAAACAUGUAUGUAUUUGUAUUUAAGAAUGAUAUUUAUAUAUAGAUCUUCAAAUUACAA